AUGAAGACCCCCAGCACUCCAAACAAUGCCAGCACCAUCACUGGCUUCAUCCUGCUGGGCUUCCCUUGCCCCAGGCAAGGCCAGAUCCUCCUCUUCAUGCUCUUCUCUGUCAUCUACCUCCUCACCAUCAUGGGCAAUGGAUGCAUCAUCUGGGCUGUGCACUGGGAUCAGAGACUCCACACCCCCAUGUACAUCCUACUUGCCAACUUUUCCUUCCUGGAGAUAUUGUACAUCACCUCCACAGUCCCCAACAUGUUGGCCAACUUCCUGUCUGACACCAAGGUCAUCUCCUUCUCUGGGUGCUUUCUGCAGUUCUAUUUCUUUUUCUCCCUGGGAUCUGCAGAAUGCUUUUUCCUGGCAGUUAUGGCCUUCGACCGGUACCUUGCCAUCUGCCAGCCUCUGCAUUACCCCAUGUUUAUGACGAGGCCUCUCUGCAAUAUCCUCGUGGUCAGCUGCUGGGUGUUUGGUUUCCUCUGGUUCCUUGUUCCUAUCAUCAUUAUUUCCCAGAUGUCCUUCUGUGGAUCCAGGAUUAUUGAUCAUUUCUUGUGUGACCCAGGCCCUCUGCUGGCCCUAACCUGUGUAAGAAACUCUGUAGUAGAGUUGACUAGUUCCAUCUUAAGUUCUCUGCUUUUAUUUGUUCCCUUUCUCUUCAUCAUGGGAUCCUAUGCUCUGGUACUGAGAGCUGUGCUGAGAGUUCCUUCAGCAGCUGGAAGAAGAAAGGCCUUCUCUACCUGUGGGUCCCAUUUGGCUGUGGUGUCUCUUUUCUAUGGCUCAGUAAUGGUCAUGUAUGUGAGCCCAACAUCAGAUCAUGAAGCUGGAAUGCAGAAAAUUGUCACUCUAUUUUAUUCUGUGAUUACUCCGCUCAUUAAUCCUAUAAUAUAUAGUCUGAGGAACAAAGAUAUGAAACAUGCAAUGAAGAAAUUACUGAAAGUAUAA